GAGAAGGCGCUGCUCCAGGGACAUGGGCCAGAUCCAGAUGGGAAAGCAAAGGAGAUCGAGGAAGAAGAGAUAAGCGGGUAAAGGAAGCUAGACAGAGAAAGAGAGUGUGAUUCGGAGGAGAUAUCCACUAAUAAGUGGAGUGCAGAGAGAGAGAGACAAACCAAAGGUUCUCUUUCUCUCUCUACCUCCUGAUUCCUCGCAGAGACCCUCCACAAGCCUCCAUUACCCAAAAGAAUUAUUCCCUCUCUACAAUCCUUACGUUAUUAGCUUGUCCCCGUGCCUCGGGCCCUCUCACUCUCUAUAAAGCAAACUGCGAACCUGAAACCAGGCGUGGUAGUAGCUGGUAGCUGAUCACCUGCAAGCAGAAGCAGCGUCGAGAGCCAAGAAACACUAGCAGCUAGCUAGUUUCAGUUUCCAUGCAAGAUUGGAGCAUGGAGCAGAUGGCCGAUGAGGCGUCGGUGAACGAGCAGAGCACGGAGCGGCUGCCCAUGGCCGGCGGCGAGCAGAUAAGUAGGGUCGACGGCGCCAUGGCGUGGCUGGACCUCACGCUGGCCGUGAAAGCCUCGCAAGAUGAUCUAUCGGCGCCGGCCACGGACGGCGACUCCUCGUCCUCGGACGGCGAGCCGGCCAAGCCUGCUUCUCCUCCUUCUCCGGCUGCGGGCGCCGCCGGCGCCGGCGCCGCGCCGCACAAGGUGUUCUCCUGCAACUUCUGCAUGCGCAAGUUCUUCAGCUCGCAGGCGCUGGGCGGGCACCAGAACGCGCACAAGCGGGAGCGCAGCGCGGCCAAGCGCUCCUCGUCCUCGGCGACGGCCUACCACCACCUCCACGCGCAGAGGAUGGUCAUGGCCGGCCUGCCGCUCGAGGCGCACGCCGCGUUCGUGCACGCCGCCCUGCGCGUCAGCCCGGCGAGCUCGGCCAUCCACAAGGCCAGCCAGGAGCUCGCCGCGGCGCGGGCGGCCGCCACCGCCGCGGGCACGGCGCCCAGGUUCCACGACGGCGACAGCGCCGCCACGGCCGCGGCGACCCCGUGGACGCAGCUCCUCUUCGAGGAGCCGGUCAGCUCGACGUGGCCGGGGAGCUUCCGGAUGAGAACGCAGCCUGAGCCGCCGAGCUCGGAGCAGCAGCCAUCGGAGCAGAGUAAGAAGAUAGACUUGGACCUCAGGCUGUGAAAGAUCCUAGUGGAUGGAUGUAGAGUUUUCUAGCGACCUGUACUUUGAUUUUCAAUUAAUUUGACCAGUAUAUAAUUAAUUAUGAAGUGUUUAAUUCCUCACCAUGAUGUUCUAGUUUCUGAAUAACGAAUCAUUCAAGAAAUGAUCGGUUAA